AAAGCUCAAGGUUUAAUAUCUUAUUUAUGGAAAUGGCGCUUGGAAAGGUGAAGCUACGGAGAAAACAUACUGUGUAUCCGACCGCGAACAAGCCGGGAUGCACCGUGCGCACGGGCCCUCCCUACGGCUCCUGGUGUACUCCUGUCACCACUCCCAAUCAUGCCGAACUGACCAAGACAAAUUCAAAUAUCGAAUCAAAAACACACAUCAAAGACGAUGCUCAACGCAAAAAAGAGAGCUCUAUCAUACCAAUCCAUAAAGUGAAACUCCUAACAUUCGCCACACCAAAGAAACAUCAGAACAGAGAAAUAAAGGAAUCCAAUACUGAACUGAAAGAAAUUAAGAAGCUAAAAUCAGGAGAUAGCCCUAUCAAAAAAGACACCUCUAAGGGAGUACAAAAUGUGGUGCAGCAGGUAGAGACGCCGCAAAGCCCCGUGCCAUCCUCGCCGUCUCGCAACAAGAAGUGUAAGGGGUUCAUAAAGUUACUGCCGCUAUGCGACCCCUUUAUGCCGAUCGACCCUCAGGGUCGUGGAUACAUCACAUGGCUUCUUUUGGUGACAUUCUGCUACAGCUACAACGCUUGGUGCAUUGCCCUAAGAGCUACAUUCCCGUAUCAGACACCGGAGAAUACGCCGAUGUGGAUGGUGGCGGACUACAUUUGCGACGUCGUCUACUUACUGGAUGUAUUCUUUGUGAAGCCGCGGCUGAUGUUCCUUCAUGAAGGGUUUUGGGUUGACGAUCCAACUCUAACCAGAGAUAAUUACAGGAAGAAGCUUCAGUUCAAGUUUGAUCUGCUAUCCCUCUUACCAUUGGAUUUAUUAUACUUUUAUUUCGGCACACAAAUGGUGAUUCUACGUUUCCCAAGAAUGUUCAAGUUACAAACGUUUUGGGAAUUUCAUCAAGCUAUGGAUCGGGUUCUCGCUUCUCCUUACGUGGUCCGAAUUGGAAAGACUUUGUUCUACAUUUUCUAUCUGAUUCAUUUGAAUGCGUGCGCAUACUACGCCAUGAGCAAGCACAUCGGUCUGGCCUCCAACAGCUGGGUGUACGAUAAUCAAGGAAAUGCUUAUCUUCGUUGCUUCUAUUUCGCUACAAAGACUGCUACGUCGAUUGGUAAAAAUCCAAAGCCAGAAAACACGAUUGAGUAUCUAUUUAUGACAGCAGCUUGGUUGAUGGGAGUAUUCGUGUUUGCUUUACUUAUCGGCCAAAUAAGAGACAUAAUCGCAACGGCCACCAGAGCUAGAACGGAAUAUCGAAAGACAGUAGACGGAUGUCGUCAGUACCUCAGCGGCCUGAACAUGCCGGCCUCGCUGCAGCGCCGUAUCACUUGCUGGUUCUCCUACACCUGGAGCCAACAGAGAUGCUUCGACGAAUCGAAAAUACUUAAUUCUCUACCUUACAAUAUGAAACGAGACGUAGCUCUAGAAGUCCACAUAAAAAUUCUGAGUAAGGUGCAACUUUUCCGCGACUGCUCGGACUCACUGCUGCGGGACCUGGUGCUGCAGCUGCGGCCGGUGUCGUACCUGCCCGGCGACGUCGUCGUGCGCCGCGGCGACGUCGGCCACCAGAUGUACAUCGUUAAAACCGGCGAGUGCUACGUGAUGUCUGCCGAUGAAAGCGAAGUCCUGGCUCGGCUGCGCGAGGGUUCUGUGUUCGGUGAGAUCAGUCUCUUGGGACUUCCUGGGCUACGGCGUCGUACUGCUACUGUCAGAUCCAGAGGUUACUCAAGUCUGUUCGCCCUCUCUCGUAACGAUCUCAACGCUGCUCUCCAAUACCACAAGGAAGCGGCUAAGAUAUUGCGACUUCGAGCCGAUCAGAUCAUAAAGGAGAACGCGGCCAGACAAACCCACGUGAAGAAACCCUCACUGAAGAGGAUCAGCGAGACUUCCACCUCCACUGUGCGAAGGCGAAAGAGCGCCGUCAGUGGUGAAAGCAGUCAGAAAGAGGAGAAAAGAAAGCGGUCUGCGAGCGCCCACUCUAGGAGGAAGUCAGCCGUUUCUGAAACUAAGAAGAAACGUCGCACGUCGUCGUCACGAUCGUCGGAGCGGAAGCGAACCCCGGCACCCAAGAUCGUGUUCUCCGACUGCCUCCCCGAGCCCGACGACAAAGAUCAGUAAACACGAUACGAUAAUGCCAAAGCCUUAAGGGACUGUCUGCACUGCGAAUUUUAAUCGCUCGAUUUCUAUUCUCGCGAAUUAUUUUCCGUGUGUUUCAUAUCUUUAUCGCAAGUGCGGAUACUCUCAUAAGAUUCAAUGAGUUACAGAAGUGAGAAAAAAAAUCACGCGAUUAUAAUUGGCAGUCCGGACAGCCCAAUAAACUAAGUUACUAGUUUAUACGAGAUUUAUGUAACGUAGUAUCAGUAAAUGUUAUAAAAUACGAUAUACUUGGUCGUUUUAUAUAUUAACAUUUUGAUACAGAAUAUUUUUACAUUUUCUUUACAAAUAAAUUGGCUCGA